AUGUCCUUCGCCGAAGAGAAAGGCACCAAGGUCAAAGAGGGGAGCCUGUCUCCAGACGCUGCAAAUGGCGAGAUCGUUGAUAUCGUCGAUGGAACUCCCAUCAACGCGUCCGGUCACGCGCAGGAAUUGGAUCGUAACUUCAGCCUCUUCAGCAUGUGUGCCGUCGCGAUAGUUAUUGGCAACUGUUGGGCGAUUACUGGAGCAACGAUCAGACUCGCGAUCUAUAAUGGCGGUCCACCUGGAUUCAUUUAUGAGUUCAUCGUGGCAGGUAUCCUCUACCUCUUUAUCACCACUUCCCUCGCCGAGAUGGCGUCCGCGAUUCCAACCGCCGGAGGCGUGUACCAUUGGGCAUCAGUCACUCCCGGCCGCAAAUUGAGCCGCAUCGUCGGGUUCUUUGCGGGGUAUUGGAACGCUUUCGCAUACUCCUUUGGAGCUUCGUCCCUAGCGGUCGUGUGUAGCGAAGGCUUGGUUGGACUCUACGGCCUAACUCACCCAGAUUUAGAGCCGCAGAGGUGGCAUAUCUUCGUGGCCUAUAUCAUUAUCAUCUGGCUAUGCUGCUUCACUCUUCUUUUUGGCAACAGAAUCCUACCCAGCAUCAACUAUGCACUCAUGGUGCUCGUGAUCGGAGGGUGGUUCGUCACCCUCGUCGUAGUCGGAGUCAUGUCAGCGCAGGGCGGUCGUUCGCAUGCUAGCAGCGACUUCGUCUGGAAGACAUGGGAGAACAACAGCGGCUACACCAAGAACGGCCUCGUCUUCGUGUUGGGAAUGCUGAAUGGAAGCUUCGCCAUUGGCACUCCAGACUGCACGACUCACAUGGCGGAAGAAAUCAAAAAACCCGAAAGAAACAUACCUAAGGUUAUGAUUAUCCAAAUGACCUCCAGCUUCGUCACAACUCUAAUCUUCCUCAUCGUCCUCUUCUACGCCAUCUCCGACUUUGACGCAGUCCUCGGAUCAACCUCUGAGUUCCUCCUAGCAGAGAUCUACCAUCAGGCUACGGGCUCCAACAGCGGCGCAAUCGGCCUCUCCAUCCUCGUCAUCGUCCCCAUAAUCGGAAGCGUGAUGGGGUCCAUGCUCACAGCCAGCCGCGUCUUCUGGAGCUUAGCUCGAGACAACGCCAUGCCCUUCUCCAGCACCUUCGGCCACAUUAGCACACGAUGGAAGAACCCAUUCGCCGCUGUAUUCUUCAUGGGGUGUUUCUCAACGAUAAUGGGCUGCAUCUAUCUCGGUAGCGCCAUCGCCUUCGAAGCCUUCGUUGGCUCCUUCGUCGUCCUAACCACCCUCUCCUACCUCGCCGCCCUCCUGCCCUUCCUCUUCAGCGGGCGGAAACCGUCCCGCAGGGACCAUUCUUCCGGUGUGUCGUGCGCGUUCAUGCUAGUGUGGUUGGUCUUCUAUUGCUUCCCUUACGUAUAUCCGGUUACCGCGCAGGAUAUGAAUUACCCAUGCUUAAUUGCCGGGGGUUUGACGUUUGUGAUUGGGGUGGUUUGGUUGAUUGUCCAGCGAGUGUAUAAGGCGCCGCCGGUCGUGUUGAAGGGGGAGUAG